AUGUGCCACUCACUCGACCUUCACACCUUUCAAGCCAACAAGCAACCUGGUUCACUUCGGGCUAAUGCGACAACACCUUCAACCACCAAGGGCUACAUCAUCACCCUCAGCUCUCCUGCUUCACAUGCAGAUGUCCCCGCUAAGAUAGGCCGCUCUAGACGGUGGGAAAAUUAUUUCUGCAUCUCCAAUCUGCCAGCCAUGGCGCGUCUCUCACCUACUUCCGCCGAGUUACCCCGGCAAAUUCUCCCAGUUCGAGAUCACCCCGUCCAUCUUACCCCAGGGCCCAGGGCCAUCAAUAGCGUCUCCCCGCAUCUCCCCGCAUUCUUCUCCAAUGAUUUACCCCAGGCCGCCGUGGCAGCUCAAGAACCUACAGCCCAGGUCCUCAAUGGCACUUACCAAGGCCGUCAUUUGUCUGAGUGGGACCAAGACGCCUUUCUCGGUGUCCCUUUUGCGCAGCCUCCGGUUGGCCAGUUGCGGUACAAGUGGCCACAAAGCCUCAACACUUCUUUCGAAGGCACGAGAGAUGCCACAGAACAGGGCUACAGCUGUAUGCAGUUCAGAGGGACCUUCAACAUGUCCGAGGACUGCUUGACCCUCAAUGUUGUCCGUCCAGCUGGAAAGCCUGAGAAGCCGCUCCCGGUUCUCGUAUGGAUCUUUGGUGGUGGCCUAUACACUGGGUCAAUUGCCGAUCCUCAAUAUAACCUGUCGGGCAUUGUCAAAGUCAGUCAGGACAUGGGCCAGCCCAUUAUUAGCGUAGCCAUGAACUACCGUCUCAACAUGUACGGCUUCCUACAGACACCUCAAAUCCUCGCCGAAGGAUCCAGUAACGCGGGUCUGCUGGAUCAAAGGUUGGCGCUCCGGUGGAUCCAGGAGAACAUCGCGGCCUUUGGUGGAGACCCGGACCGGGUGACGAUCUGGGGCGAGAGUGCCGGGGCCCAGAGCAUCGCCUACCACAUGUUUAGCUACGAUGGCCGGGACGACGGCCUCUACCGCGCCGCAAUCCUCGAGAGCGGCGGGCCGACGGGGGCCCAGGUACAGGACCUUGCCUACUACAACGCUCCCGUCGAGAAUCUGACGCGCAGUGUCGGCUGUUGGACCGCCAAAGACCAGUUGGCUUGCCUUCGCGGCCUAAGCCAGACGCAACUCUUUGCAGGAAACCCCAGUCAAGUGUGGAACCCGAUGAUUGAUGGCGACUUCCUGACGGGCUACCCGAGUCAACUGAUCCGCGAGGGCAAGUUUGUCAAGGUGCCUCUUUUGACGGGCGCCAACAGCGACGAGGGAAUCAACUUCAACCCCAACAGCCCCAAGCCAAAUACCGAGACUGACCUGUUCAACGGCUUCACUUGGUGGCGCUCUUACGCCCUCUCCCCACCGACGAUCAGAAAGCUCUUUGAGCUGUAUCCCAACGACCCCUGCACCCAACCGCCGCUCUCCAUCACGAACUGUUCCGUGUACCCGGAUUAUGGCCUGCAGUGGCGGCGGGGUGCCUCCAUCGGCGGCGACUUAGUCAUGAUCUCGGGCCGCCGGAAGAUGUGUGAGCUCUACGCCGUCUCUCAGCCCGUGUACAGCUACCGCUUCGACCAGCUGCUUUGGAACCGCAAGCAGAUUGAGGGUGUGCGACACUUUGACAACGUCGCGUACAGCUUCCAGAACAUUUCUGGCCUGCUCGGGCCGUCGCCGCAGUAUGACAGCCACGUGCGCUUCGCCCGCGCCAUCGGGGAGGCCUAUGUGCGCUUCGUUUACGACACGGAUCCAAACCCGAAGGUUGGCAGUAAUGGGACUUUCACGAAUGGCACGUCGCUGUUGCCGUAUUGGCCCAAGUAUGACUUGAGUGCCCCCAAGAACUUGGUGCUAAACGCAUCCAAGAGCUAUGUGGAGGAUGAUACCUGGAGGAAGGAGGGCAUCGACUUCAUCAACACCUACGAGGUUGCAAGGGAACUUCUUGCAUGA